AGCAGGAGUGGGGGAGGUUGGACCAUGUGGUUGCCCCCAACUCUGCUCUUUUUCAGCCUCCCAGGCUGCUUCUCCAUCCAAGGUCCAGGGUCAGUGAGCGGCCCAGAGCAGGGCUCACUGACCGUACAGUGCCACUAUAAAGCAAAGUGGGAGACCUACAAAAAGUGGUGGUGUCAAGGAAAAGUCUGGGAAUUCUGCCAGAUCCUCAUUCAGAGCACAGGAUCAGAGCAAGAAGUGAAGGAAGGUCGGAUUUCUAUCAGGGACAAUCACAAGGACCACAUCUUCAUGGUGACCAUGGAUAAACUCAGCAGUGAUGACACCGACACAUACUGGUGUGGGAUUCAGAAACCAGGAAUUGACCUGGGAUUUCAAGUGAAAGUGACUGUUGUCUCAGAAAAAUCACCUCUGACAUCACCAAGCAACCUGUCCUCCAAUCCAUUAGUCAUUUCCUCCACCUCUUACAUCAGGACCCACUACUUGCUCCUGGUGUUUGUGAAGGUCCCUAUCCUGCUCAUCUUGCUCGGAGCUGUCCUCUGGCUGAAGGGGCCUCAGAGGGUCCCUGAGGAGCAAUGGGAUAUGACUGAGUAUGCAGAGUUGUCCUUAGACCAUAUGGCCAAAGACACAGCUCUCUAG